AUGGAGAGUUGUGGUGCUACCAGCAGCGUCAGCAGUGGCGUUGACAACUCGGGCUUCCACCAGGGCGUGGUCACAUGUCCGAAUAAUAACAUCGACCGCACGUCAAUCGUAGUGAGGAUCUUUUUUUAUCUCUUCUCCCUGUUUGUGGCGAUUGGAAACCUUUUUCUGGUCGCCUUCGGACGCCCCGCUUCUAAACAGGAAGAAGCAGCGCCUGUGGCAGGGGGAACAGGAGUAGAAAACAAUCAGGAUGGCGACGCGCUCUCGAAAAAAGACGAUGACUUUUCCAGUGAGAUCUGGAGAACAGCGUCACGUGGCCGGAAGAUUACGCAGAGUAUUGCGCGGGAUAUUAGCACUUUAUUAAGCCUUGAUUCGGCAACAGAUGCCGACAACCCGAGUCAUUCUUUUGGAUCUAGUGAUGGUAGUAACGACGCGACCCAGCGUCGCCGCUUCGCCAACGCCUUGAUACAGGAGCGCCUGGAGCUCGAGAAACCUGAAUCCCUGCGGAGAAAAAUUCGCGUCCACGCAUGCACAUGGAAUGUGGACCGGCAGCAGCCACCAGAGCCCAAGAAGGGCCUGUACGAAUGGCUUCUAGGAAAGAAUCUGACGAACAAAAUUGCAGCUUACCGCGCUGCUCUUAAGAAGGAGCAUAAUUUCUCCACGGAUGAUGUUCCUGCAUUUCCGCUCUCGGAGUUCCCCGACAUUCUGGUCGUGAGUCUGCAGGAGGUCGAGAUGGGCGGCGUCGUCCUUGUCAAAGAGGUCACGGAGACGGGCGUGGCGUGGGCGGAGUGCAUCGUGGACGCGCUUAACAAGAUUGGCGAGCAGCGGGUGUGGUACCGGAAGCUCAAGAUGGUGCAGCUGGUGGGACUCGUGCUCAUCGUGGUGGUGCGCGUCGAGCACGCCAAGUACGUGACGGGCAUCCGCGCGUCCCUCACCCGCACCGGCGCGAUGCGCGGGGUGUGGGGUAACAAGGGCUCCGUCGGCCUGCGCGCCACCAUCUACGGCAAGCGCUUCUUGCUCAUCGCCGCACACUUCGUGCCGCACAAGCACAACGAGAGCACACGAAGCUUCAACUACCGCGCGUCGCUGUGCCACCUUCGCUUCGAGGGCCCGGCGGACGCUGACGACGAGAUCGACGUGCUGCGGACGUUCGACGCCGCCGCCGAGACCCCUGACAUGGCGUACAGUGUGAUUGAGCGACGCUCCACGUGGGAGCGGCUGUACCGCCCGUUCCGCCGCACCACAUCGGGGGCGAGCGAGCGGCGCGUGCUGGAUCGGCACGACUACGUAUUCUUCCUUGGCGACCUCAACUCACGGCUGCACGGUGUCAAGAGAAGUGACAUACUCCGCCUCGUGCGGCGCGGCGCGUACGACCCUCUCAUCUGUCACGACGAGCUGCGGCAAGGCAUGGUGAGCGGCGACACAUUUGACGGUUUUCAGGAGGCGCUCAUUACAUUCCCACCAACGUACAAGUUUGACCGCGGCACAGAUCUAUACGACACAAGCCGAAAGAAGCGCGACCCGGCGUGGUGCGACCGCAUUCUCUUCCGCGUGCUCCUGCCCUGCGAGGAAACUGAUAGUGUGGCGGAAGCUGCUGCAGAAGCAGAAGCAGCAAAAGCAAAACAAGCCACAAGAACAGCAACAGCCUGUGCUCUGUGCAACUCGACGCGGGUCUCGUGUACGUGCCGCCAUGGUGCGUCCAUGCCACACAGCAUGCCGGAGCUCGUGCUGCCACACGCGAGUAUACACGGGCCACUUCUCAGGUCCAGAGACGAUAUCGCGUCGCGGUACACGUCCACCACUUCAAACAGCAGCGAAAGUGGCGAUAUGGGGUCCGGGCACUCAGACACUUUCCUCUGCAGAGCGGGGGCGACUAGUUGGGGUGCCGAGGCUGCGGCAUCAUCAGUGCCACCCGCGGCUUCCCUUACGGAGCAAAAGGUACCAACUUUUCUCUCCAUACGGCGCUCCACGUGCAUGGAUCGGCGCAACAUUACCUUCCCGACGGUGGUGAAUUCGGUGAACGUGUUGGGCUACCACCACGUACCAGUCAUGCGGCAGUCGGACCACCGCCCUGUGUGUGCGCAGUUCGAUGUCUGCGUCCUCUCCCUUCGGCAGGAGUUGGUCGAGGAGUUGCUGAGCAAGGUGCGUGAGCAAAUAGACGAAGAAGUCCAUGAUUACUUUGACUUUUCGUAG